AAAGGAGCCUGGCCUUCAGGGAAAGACAGAAAGUGGUUGUUCCAGUGGACAUCCGACGGAACCGAGGUGGGAAUCGACCACUUCCAGGCUGUUAUGCAACUCGAAUCAAGCGCGACUCUCCACUGAGUGUCUUUCCGAGGCUGUUUCCGUGAAGAGGCAGCUCGGGAUUACUGGGGCCGGGCGCUCAUCUCUGGUGCGUGUUGUGGGGGGGUAGGACCACCGUGCUGGACGCCUGAUUGGAGAGAAGAUGUCGGGGCAGACGCUCACGGACCGCAUCGCCGCGGCGCAGUACAGCCUGACGGGAUCCGAGGUGUCCCGAGCUAUUUGUAAAGCCACCACACACGAACAGACCGCCCCAAAGAAGAAACACCUGGAGUACCUGAUCCAGGCCACCCAGGAAACCAAUGUCAACGUCCCCCAGAUGGCCGACACGCUGAUGGAGAGGGUGGGCAACGCCAGCUGGGUGGUGGUCUUCAAAGCCCUGAUCACCACGCACCACCUCAUGGUGCACGGCAACGAGAAAUUCCUCCAGUUCCUGGCAUCGAGAAACACUUUGUUCAACCUCAGCAACUUCCUGGACAAAACUGGCUCUCAUGGCUACGACAUGUCCACAUUCAUCAGACGCUACAGCCGCUACCUGAACGAGAAGGCCUUCGCUUACAGACAGAUGGCUUUCGACUUCGGCCGCGUCAAGAAGGGGGCUGACGGAGCGAUGAGGACCAUGACGGUGGAGAAGCUGCUGAAGGGGAUGCCCACCCUGCAGAGCCAGAUCGACGCUCUGCUGGAAUUCAAUGUUCAUCCACAGGAGCUGAACAAUGGAGUGAUUAACGCCUGCUUCCUCCUGCUCUUCAAAGAUUUGAUCAAGCUAUACGCCUGCUACAACGACGGCAUCAUCAACCUGCUAGAAAAAUUUUUCCAGAUGAAGAGAAGCCAGUGUAAAGACGGCCUGGAGAUCUACAAGAGGUUCCUGACUCGAAUGACUCGGGUUUCUGAGUUCUUUAAAAUAGCCGAGCAAGUGGGAAUCGACAAAAACGACAUCCCCGAGCUCACUCAGGCCCCUGAAAGUCUUCUGGAGUCUCUGGAGACCCAUCUGAACACUCUGGAAGGAAAGAAGCCGUCGCCCACUAAGGAUGGGACGGCUAAUAACAGCGUGCCGGCCGCCGCCGCUGCGGCCUCUGCAGCGCCUGCUGCAUCCGCUGCACCACCCAAGCCUGCGCCUCCCGGCGGGCCUCCAGCUCGUCCCGGUCCACCUGCCAAACCACCCCCACCCUCUGUCACCCCCACUGCACCGGCCCCCGCCGCCGCCGCCGCCGCCGCCACCGCUGCCAGCAACGCUCUGGAUGACAGCUUCCUGCUGGAUCUGGACCCCAUGUCCUCCUCAAAGACGGGAGGCGCUGCGGCGCCCGCCUCCACGACCGGCUGGGGAGAUCUCCUGGCUGAGGCGCCCCCGGCCGCUGCUGACGGAGCCUCUGAAGCUCUCCUGGCAGGAGGACAGUCUGCCAGCGCCGCCGCCGCCGCCGCCGCCCCUGCUCCUGCUCCUGCCCCCGCCGCUCCCACAACCACUGCCGCUCCCACCGCUGCAGCAGCCGCCCCGGUGCCCACCUCGCUGCCCGUGUCCGCUCCCGCCGCCGCCACCACCGCCGCCGCCAAAUCAACCACAGAUAUCGACUUCUUCGGAGAUGCGUUUGCACCCUCCCCAGGAGACGGUCCUGCUGCCGUGGCCGCGGGCCCCGCCGCCGACGCCUUUGGCGGAUCCGACCCCUUCGCUACCACCGAGGGGAGCGCGGACAUUGCUCCAGAGCUGGACCUGUUCGCUAUGAAGCCCUCCGACCCGGGGGGCCCCGCCACCGCCGCUGCCGCCGACGUCACCCCUCCCACCUCUAGUGAGGCGCCGACCAUCAUCGCUCCCAUCGCUGCCCCCGCCGCCCCCACCCCUUCCUCCACCACCACCACCACCGCUACUACCACCACCACCACCACCUCCGACACCACCACCACCACCACAGAGUCCGCAGCCGCCCCGACUCUAGAUAUCUUUGGUGAUAUGUUUGAUUCUAUGCCUGAGCAAAGCCCUACCACAGAAUCCAAAGCUGCUACCACUCCUAGCGUAGACCUUUUUGGUGCAGACCUUCCUGCCGUUUCACGCGGGCCCUCUCCUUUGCCCGAGCCGGCUCCGGCUGGAGACAUCGUGACGGAUUCGUUUUCGUCACCAGCUCCUGCCGCUACCACUCCCCCUGCUGCUGCUCCAGCUCCUGCUCCUGCUCCAGCUCCAGCUCCAGCUCCAGCUCCUGCUCCAGCUCCAGCUCCAGCUCCUGCCCCCGCCCCAGAGGCCUCCUCACCGCCUAAAGCAGAGCCAGAGCCGGUCAUCGACCUGCUGGACUCCUUCGGCGGGCCUGUGGAGGAGACGCAGAGCUCCGCUCCCGGGGGGCCCGGAGACGACCUCCUGGGAGGCCUCAUGUCACCCACCCUCGCUCCCACCGCCGCCCCCACCCUGGCCCCCGCCUUGGCUCCGGCUCCGGUGCAGAACGACCUCCUGGAGUCGGGCUUUGAUGCUCUGGGCUCACUUCCUUCGCCAACACCACCAGUACCUGCUGCAGCCACAGAGCCCGCAUCCUCCACGUCGGCUCCCCCUGGUGGCUUCGACGCAUCAAUGCUGGGUGGACUAGGCGACUUGCUGAUGCCCGCCGUAACGCCGCAGAGCACCGGGGGCAGCACCGCCGGGAGCACGGCGGGAAGCAUGGGGACGCCCACUGCAGUGGGAGGCAUCGCAGGGGCUCCCCCCGCCACCCCGCCUCCCACCAAAACCAUCGGAGGAGACCUGGACUCAUCACUGGCCAACCUGGUGGGAGACCUGGGAAUGAAGAAAAAGGACCCGCAGAGUGAGAAGAAGCUGACAGGAGGCGCUAACUGGAUGCCACAGGUCGCUCCCACCAGCUGGGGCACACCGGGAGCCCCCAUGGCCGGUGCUGCUCCUGGAGCUCCUGGAGCGCCCGGAGCAGCUGCACCAAUGAGCACGCAGCCUGGCUUCGGCAUGUCCGGCGCCGGAGGCCCCGGCGCUCCCCUGAUGCAGCCCAUGAUGGGGCAGCCAAUGAUGGGACAGCCCAUGAUGAGACCCCCCUUCACGGGGGUGGCUGGAGCUGCGCCCGGAGCCGCUGCCCCAGGAGCACCGAUCUCUCCAGGACCUGCAAACCAGAGCCCCAAGAAGCCCAAGGACCCUCUGGCAGAACUUGACCUCAAGGACUUCUUAUAACGCUCCAGCUGCUUUCCUCUGGGGAUCAGAGCCCGCUCACCUUUGUAUCUGGCGUCCGUUUCGUGCCGGGACGACGGCAGCGACACUCAGCUACUCCACCUUAUCGGAGCCUCUUUUCUCCGCCCCGUCCGUCCACCUCCCUCCCUUCUCCUGUGUGAUGUCGUAGCACAAACUGUGAAAGUGAACCAUAGCGGAUUAUAUAUGAAUAUACCAGGAAAAAAAAAAAAAAGAAGAAGAAAUCAAGCGUGUGCUUAUGUCGAUGUACUAAUCUUUUGUCUAAACAAAAUCACGCAAAAACCACGUCAAAAAAAAAAA